AUCUUGCAGGUCAAGAUAUUCGUCAAUGUUGUGAAUAUCCAUUUCUUGUUUUUUUUUCUUCCGUUGUGUUUAAUUAAGAGAAGAAGGUGAGAAUUUUCUAUUUCCUUUCCCUUUACAGUCUCCCCUCCAAAUCAUAACAAAAAAAAAAAAAAAAAAAAAACUCUUUCAACCGUCACAUUGAGAUGGGCUAUGACGAUCUUUUUUUUUUUGAUGUAUUGGCGGGUCCCUUUAUCUUUCUAAACUAAAAAUGAGCAAUAACACCAAAACUUUAGAAGCCAUCAAAUAUACAAGAGGAAACUUGAGUAUCCUCAACCAACUCGUUUUACCUCACGAAACUCUCUUCGAAACUGUCUUGAACGUUCAAAAUGGUCAUGCUGCCAUCAAGACCAUGAAGACUCGUGGUGCACCUGCUAUUGCUAUUGUUGCUGCCUUAUCUUUAGCUGUAGAUGUCUAUGCACGUCAACAAGACGAGGAGUUCACCACAGUCGACCAAGUUGUCCAAUUCUUGUACGAGUCUCUCGAAUACCUCAAGACCUCUCGUCCUACCGCUGUCAACUUAUUCGAUGCUGCUGGUAAACUCUGGACAUUGAUUCAAGCAACUGCUGCCGAAGCCAAAGAACCCGCCGCUGUUGUCAAUGCCUAUAUUGAAGCUGCUGAACAAAUGUUGGUAGAUGAUGUCAAGGACAAUAAGAAUAUUGGUAAAUUUGGUGCUCAGUAUAUUCUCGAGAACGCAAAGGAUAAGGAAAACAUUAGUGUCUUGACCCAUUGUAACACUGGUUCUCUUGCUACUGCUGGUUGGGGUACUGCUUUAGGUAUCAUUCGUGAUUUAAACGCUAAUGGUAAACUCCAACAUGCUUAUUGUACCGAAACUAGACCUUAUAACCAAGGCUCUCGUUUAACCGCUUAUGAACUCGUGUAUGAGGAGAUUCCUGCUACCUUGAUCUGUGAUAAUAUGGCUUCUGCUUUAUUAAAGCAAAACCCUAGUGUACAAGCCAUUGUCGUGGGUGCUGAUCGUGUGGCUGCUAAUGGAGAUACUGCCAACAAGAUUGGUACCUAUCAAUUAGCUAUUGCUGCCAAAUACCACGGUAUCAUGUUUAUCGUUGCUGCUCCUUCUACCUCUAUUGAUUUAAACACAAAGUCCGGUGAUGAUAUUGUGAUUGAGCAACGUCCCUCUGAAGAGCUUGUUACUGUUUCGGGUGUACGUGUUCAAGACGAUGAACCUACUUGUAUUCGUAUUGCUGCUGCCGACAUUGGUGUUUGGAACCCUAGUUUUGAUGUGACUCCUGCUAGUUUAAUCUCUGCUAUUGUGACUGAACAAGGUGUUGUCUUGAAGAAUGGACAAUCUGAAUUUGACAUGACCUCUUUCCUUAAAAAAUAAAGAAUAUCCCCCACAACCUACCAUUAUA